UCAAUCAUGGGUCCAUAAAUUGAUAAAAUAAUGUAUAGUUCCCAUACUGUUAUCUAUUAAAAUGGUAUUCUCAGGCCAACUUCUCCAGCAUAGUCUAUGGUCCAACCCGAGGUUUACACGUACACCGAUCAUCCCUCCGUUGAGAGCUAACCAUGAAUCAGUUAAGAGGCAAUCGCCAGGAAAACUUAAAAUACGGGGCAUUAAGAACAAAACCAACUGUUUGGUCACAUUUUCGAUGUUGAAUCCUGAGAAUGGCACGAGUAUGAGUACAUUUUCUCCAGCCAAUACAAUCAAGUUGUUCUACUCUAGCAUCAACAACAAGGACAUGAACCAACUAGCAUUGCUCAUAUCUGAAAAUUGUUUCUAUGAGGAUUUCUCCUACACUGAACCAUUCCGAGGGAGAAAGGAGAUUCUGAAAUUUCUGGGGCAACUAACUACAUGCAUGGGGAAGAAUACAGAAUACUGCAUUGAACACAUUUAUGAGGGAGUUGAUCUCACGGUUAUGGUAAACUGGCAUUUAGAAUGGAACAAGAAACAGGUUCCUUUCACUAGAGGCUGCAGUUGCUACGAGUUAUCAAGAGACGGAGAAGAACUAGUCAUAAGGAAAGCUCAAGUAAUCGUUGAAUCGCCAAUCAAACCAGGAAGCUUAGCUAUGGAAGCGUUCCAGAAGGUCAUUUCAGUAUGUGAUGCUUUUCCUGCGGCUGCUGACUGUAUGCCAAUCUCUUUUGUUCUUAAUUUUUCACCAAACAAGAGAACAGAAAUAUUCUCAACAGGGCAAAAAAAAAAUUUCCUAUGCAGGGUUCUUCCUGAUGGGCCCCCAGCUGAUAACUUCGUAUUCCCACUACACAACAUGGCUCAAUUACAUGUCAACCGUAAGGCCUUGGAUUGCUUCAGAAGAUCAAGAAUCAAACUCCAAAGAAUGACUAGUUCUGUAAUUAAGUCCUAAGGGCCAUUUACUAGUGCUACUAUAAAUAAAAUACUUAUCUGUUGAAAGCUGCUCGAAAAAAACUUUAUAAUUGAGUGUUGGGUUCAAGAAAAAUUGGAACCACUACCGAGACCUAUAUUGUUAAAAGUUGAAGAAGAUGGAUUGAAUUUCAAUCUAAAAAUUCAAGCGGUAAGCAAUUCUUUAUGGAAAGACUAUCUU